UGGGUUGAAGUAAGAAGUAAAAUGCACAUGUUAAAAUUACCUCAACCUAAACGAAUUCCUAUCCUACGUGAAAAUGCGGCUACGGACUUGGGGUCCAAAUUGAUAGGGGAACUUUUCGUGUUGACCGUUGGAUUAUAUUUGAUUCGGCUUGAAAUUUCACGACAAGCACUCAAGGAUAAAAAGAAACAUGAGGUACACGUACUGCAAAGAUCCGAGUUGCGAAAUAAAUUAUCGACAUUGAAGAACCUGGUUAAAUGGCAGGACGAUGAAUUAAACAAAUUGCGAUUGAAGCUUAAACGCGAAGGAGAAUCAAAUGACGGGCGGCAUAAAUAAAUGGAACAAAUUUAAUUCCAAGUUGAAAUAUGGACAAUUACUAAAUAAAUAGUGGAAGUACGACGUUUUGACAUAUUUUAAAUUUGAAGUGGCGGUCACACUGAACAGCGGUUCAAUGUUAUUCGCCAGCCCUGUUGGUUCUGAUUUUCCUCUAAAAGAUUUUGUAAUACAAAAAGGUCGUAAGCAAUGGUCAUUGGUGUGUUUCCAGCCGCCAAACUUGGCGUAUUGGCCAUAAAACAGAUUAGCAAGCCAAUUGCCAAUGUGCUCAAGUCCAAUGCGAAGUCGAGUCCAUUCUUCAGGAAGUAUAUUUGCAUGCCGCCGGCUCAAUUUUACAAUUGGGUUGAGGUGAAAACCAAGAUGUGGGCCCUGAACCUGGGCAGACCUGUCACAGUGCCGCCUCUGAACGAGGCCAUGGCCAUUGAGUUGGGUGCCAACCUGCUUGGAGAAUUCAUCAUCUUUGCGAUUGGCGCUGGCCUCUUGAUAUUCGAAUACUCUCGUCAAACCAUCAAGGAGAACAAGAAGAACGAGGCCUUGCAGUUUGAGAAGAUGCAGCUGACGAAUACAUUGACGGAAAUGAAUUUUCGUCUGGAGCGUCAGGAUGCACAAAUCCGUGAAAUGACUCGGGUCUUGGCGGACUUGGACUCGCGCAACAUCUUCAGCUGGCACAAGGAGCCGCUGCAGGAGUACGUUACCUUCGAUCCCAACACGCCAGAUCAGAGUGCCAGCGCAAGGAAUGCCAAAACAUACGAAGGAUUCUAUGAUCCCACGGGCGGAAUGGCGUUUCGUGCCCUCAACUUCCUGCAGACACAAAUCUUCGUCGACGGACGCGAUCGAAAGGCUAAUCAUAAAGUUGAUGCAGUGGCGGUCGAAGUGGAUAGAGCUUUCGAUGAAUCACUAAGUAAGCCACAGGCGGAAGCUCCAGCAACUCGGUCACCAUGACCAGCUCGGGAUAACAAUGGAUACGCCUGUCACUGCUUGAUUUGAACAAUUUGAGUGUUAUAAAACUAUAUACAAAUAACAUAAAUAGCUAGGUAAAAAGUCAAUAAGUGUAUAUAUCAUGUACAUUGUAACUGUAUUUAAUAAUUUUAUUGUUACUGAAAAAGAGAUGCAAACCAUUUGAAUGAUGAAUAUGAUGAUAACAUGUUAAUAAUA